AUGGGAAGCUACGACAAGGCGCGGAACGGCCUCGGGUCAUCAGAGAAGCAUGGACAGACAGAGCCAGGGAACGAGUUUGAUGUCUAUGGAGACGAAAGCCAUGCGGACAUAAAAUACCGUACCAUGUCGUGGUGGAAAGCAGCCGCGCUCAUGUUGGCAGAGACGGUGUCCUUAGGGAUCCUGUCAAUACCCUCCGUCUUCGCGACACUCGGCAUGGUGGCAGGCUGCAUCCUCGUAAUUAGCCUUGGGCUCAUCGCGACUGCGACGGGAUACAUGAUCGGCGCAUUCAAGCUGCGCUACCCGCACGUUCACAAUAUGGCUGACGCAGGCAUGGUCCUCGCGGGGCCAAUCGGCCGGGAAGUCCUCGGUGGAGCCCAAGUCGUUUUCUUGGUCUUCUCCUGUGGCGGUCAUGCCUUGACUGGCAUGAUUGCUUUCGAUACCAUCACUGCCGGAGCUUCAUGCUCGGUGCUCUGGGCUGCAGUUGCUGCGAUCAUAUGUCUCAUUCUGACCCUCCCGCGUACCCUUAACGGCAUCUCGUACCUUAGUGUAGCUUCCUUUAUCUCGGUCUUCACUGCUGUAAUGAUCACGAUGAUCGGGGUUGGUGUAGCAGGCCAUCAUGGCGGCGUCACCACCACCGCGAAUCUUAAGUUCGCCAGCGCCUUCCUUGCUGUGACGGACAUUGUUUUUGCAUACUCUGGACAUGUCACAUUCUUCACGUUCCUCUCGGAGAUGAAGAACCCAGCGGACUUUGCUAAGGCUCUCUACGCCUUACAAAUUGCAGACACGACACUCUACCUUAUUGUAGGCGUCGUCGUGUACGCAUACACUGGCGCGGAUACGGUGUCUCCUGCGCUAGGUAACACGGGCACGACGUUGCGCAAGGUAGCGUACGGGAUCGCGUUGCCGACAAUCCUGAUUUCGGGAGUGAUCAACGGACAUGUCACCGCAAAGCUAGUGUUCAUUAGAUUAUUCCGCCGCAACGGUGUCGCGUCUCGGCAUAUGACUGCACACUCAUGGACAGGCUGGUUGACAUGGGUCGGAAUUUGCUUUACGAUUUGGACGAUCGCCUUUAUCAUCGCAGAAUUGAUUCCGUUCUUCAACGACCUUCUGGGAGUCAUGUCCUCGCUCUUCGCAAGUUGGUUCACGUACGGCAUCUCUGGCAUUUUCUGGUUCCACUUAACUCCACGCUCUGAGCGGUGGUCGACACCUUGGCAGAAGACCAAGACGGUAUUCUGGGCGUCCAUCAUCCUGAUGGGUGCGUUCAUCAUGGUCGGGGGCUUGUACGCGAGCAUCGAUAGCAUCAUCCAGGGCUACCGAGGCAGCCAGUUCGCGGGCCCAUUUACGUGCGCGAACCAAGCUCUUGCAUGA